AGAUGUGUUGUUGUGACGCGGGGCAUGUCGGGAACAGAUGAGCACCUAGUAUGGCGACUUCCACGGGACAAGAUGGAAAGGCUGUUUGUACUUCGGAUGUGGAUCUUUUACUGCACCCUGAGUUGCUGUCUCAAGAGUUCAUGCAGGUCAUUUUAAGUGAGAAAAAUGUCAGUACCAGAGACUGUGGGAAUCGGGACCGGCUCACGGAGCUCUACCUCCGUCAUGUCAUCCCGUUGCCGCAGAGGACUUUGCCCAACAGCCGCUGGGGCAGGAGAAUGGAGAAGACCCGAGGGAGGCAGACACCGGCCGGUCACAGGUCAGACAGUUCCAGUAACGACCACAAUAGAAAAAGGCCUCUGAUCGUGUUUGAUGGCAGUUCCUCUCAUUCUGGCCCACUAAAAGUGAAGAAAGCAGAGGGAACCACAGUGUCAACAGGGAUCACUGACAGGUUAAAACCUCCUCCAGCUGCAAACCUGUCCAACCCCAUCCGCAAGCUAUCGAGCAACACCUCGUCAUCAUCCAUUCAUUGCAGCACUGACACCGCAAACCUCAAACGAGAAGCAAACAGCUCGGGUGCACUCAAGUCUCCAGAGGUGAAGAAAAAGAUCCAGCAUGUGACAUGGCCCUGACCUCUGACCACUACUCACACAGACCUGAUGAGAGCUCAGGCUCUGGCAGACGGAUUGCUCCCCUCCCAUCACUGAACACCCAGCUAUUGUUGCCCAUUACCUUCGUUCUUCCAUCACAAUUUUUCCCACUAAUUGCCUCACAGAAAGAGGUGGAAACCCCUUUUACCUGUGUGUCACUGCCCCCUCCCUGCUCUUCUUCAGUUCCGAGAGCUGACAGGAUUGAGUGGUGCUCAGAAGAUCGUCCUGCUUUUGAAGUCACAGGCUUCCUUAUAGCUUUCCACAACCUCAAGUGCCCUUAACUUUAAUCAUCUGCAACUCCAGGAUGCCAUUUAGGAAAUUAUGACUUGUUCAUAUUAUGUUUCUGUGGAUGAGUUGGUUUUGGUAAUAGGGCCUCGAGUACUGGUUUGCAAUGGUGUAAGUGUGAGUUUCUUGGUUUGGUUUUGGUUUUAAAAAAAACAAACAAACAAAAAAAAAA